CUCAUGAUUAUUCUUUUUUAUUAUCCCAUUCUCUUCAAUGAAGAGCUAGUCAUGAGUGCAUCAGUGACGGAGUGGUAAUUUCUAAAUAGAACAAAGAAAGUAGCAUUAUUUUCUUGGUCUACUUUUUCCUUUUUUUACUUUUGUUUACAAACUUUAUUGUUAAAUUAUGGACAAGAAUAUAUCAAAGAAAGAAAAGAAGAAAUCGAGGCAUAAAAAGAGCAAGAAAGCAUUGGAGCCAUCCGAUCAACAACAGCUUUUAGCAAAACAACAAGCAAAUAUAUUAAAGAAAUACACUGCAAGACAAAAUGCAUCUCCUGAAUUAGUUGCAAAUGGUGGAGAGAACAACAAUAAAGCAUUAAAGCUACGGCUCGAUCUUAACUUGGAUGCUGAUAUCCAACUAAAAGCUAGAAUUAGAGGCUCUCGCUUCAUAUUUUGA